AAUAAAGCCCAACCUACGGCAGUUUCUACGGUAUAAUUGAAGAGUGCCACUGUUCUAGCACUUGUGACUAACUAGUACAGUAACAAGUGAGUGGGUGUGAACUGAGGCUGCCACUGCCCACUGCCCGCGCUGCAGCUCUGCAAGAUGACCGCGAGGUCGGCGAGGUGCAUGCUACUGCUGCUUGCCCUGGUGGCGGCGCUCCAUGGCCACGGGGGAGGAGCAUGCGUCCGUGCCACGAAGGCGCCAAGCCGCCCGCGCUGGCUGGAUGGGCUGAGCCGGGCGUCGUUCCCCAAGGGAUUCGUGUUCGGGACGGCGACGUCGGCGUACCAGGUGGAGGGCAUGGCCACAGGAGGCGGCCGCGGGCCUUCCAUCUGGGAUGCCUUCGCGCAUACGCCAGGUUCCUCUUCAUUUCACUUGAAAGUUGUGGGAAAUCAAAACGCCGACGUUACAACAGAUCAAUAUCAUCGCUACAAGGAAGAUGUUAAUCUCAUGAAAGGAUUGAAUUUCGACGCCUACCGGUUUUCUAUCUCAUGGUCCAGAAUCUUUCCGGACGGGGAAGGAAAAGUUAACGAAGGUGUGGCGUACUACAACAAUCUGAUAGAUUACCUGCUUCAGAGAGCAAGCGUUACUCCUUAUGUCAAUCUUUACCACUAUGAUCUCCCUCUAGCACUUGAGAAGAAGUAUGGAGGCUGGUUAACUGCAAAGACAGUGAAACUAUUUGCAGAUUACGCUGACUUUUGUUUUAAGACCUUUGGCGACCGUGUAACGCACUGGUUUACAUUCAACGAACCAAGUAGAGUAGCGAUUGGUGGUUAUGAUAUAGCGACGGCUCCUCCCCAAAGGUGCACCAAAUGCUCUGCUGGUGGGAACUCAGCAACAGAGCCUUACAUUGUUGCUCAUAAUUUUCUCUUAGCACAUGGUUAUGCAGUUGCAAUAUACCGGAACAAGUAUCAGGCAGCUCAGCAAGGGAAGGUUGGAAUAGUUCUGGACGUCAGUUGGUACGAGGCUCUUAGCAACUCAACUGAAGACCAAGCUGCAGCUCAAAGAGCCAUGGACUUCCUUGUUGCUUGGUUUCUUGAUCCACUAAUAAAUGGACAGUACCCACAGAUAAUGCCAAAAAACCCACAGAUAAUGCAAGACCUUGUGAAAGAGAGGUUGCCCAGGUUCACUCCUGAUGAAGCUAAAGUGGUCAAGGGCUCAGCGGACUGGAUCGGAGUCAAUCAAUACACAACUGAAUUUGUGAAGGGGCAGAAAUUGGUGCAGCAGAGGCCGACUAGCUACUCAGCCGAUUUGCAGGUUACUUAUUCAUUUGAGCGAAAUGGCAAACCGAUUGGACCAAGGGCGAAUUCUAAAUGGCUUUAUAUUGUCCCGAGGGGGAUGUACGGAUGCGUGCACUACAUCAGCCAGAAGUACGGAAAUCCAGCGAUGCUCAUAACUGAAAACGGAAUGGAUCAACCAGGGAACCUCACCCGCGAUCAGUACUUGCGGGAUGCCACAAGGGUUCGGUACUACCGGAGUUACCUCUGCGAGCUGAAGAAAGCCAUCGACGGCGGGGCCAACGUUCUUGGCUACUUUGCCUGGUCCCUCCUGGACAACUUCGAGUGGAUGUAUGGCUACACAUCCAAGUUUGGCAUCGUGUACGUCAACUUCAACAGCCCCACCCUAGAACGGCACCCCAAGGCGUCGGCCUACUGGUUCAGAGAUCUGCUGCAACACUGAUGUAGCUAGUGCCUCUGAAUUAACCUGAUGUUAUCAUCAUUAUGUUGAGUGUCUGCCUACUGUUCUUCGGAUUGCAUCAUAAUUCAGAAACAGGACUGUUCGAGAGUUAUCUAAUGGAUAUAAAA